AUGAACGACGAUAAUACUAGUACCAAUAAUGACAUUCCAACAAAAAAAAUGGAUGUCUUACUUCAAAGGAAUUGGGACGACGACGAGGAUGACGACUAUGAUGAUAACGAACAGGAAAUUGGAAUUAAAAAAACUCACUCGAAUAAAAAUAAAUCACUCACUUCUCAGGAUAUGCAAAGAAAUGUUUCAGCUAUUGUAGAUGAUGAUAGUGAGUAGCAGUACCAGGAUAUUUACCAUAACGCAAAGGGACUAGGAUAUAGACAUGAUGGCCAUAAGAACAAAGACGAUGAUGAGUUUGGUGAAUCUAAUUUACCUCCUAGAGGUUAUGGUGGCUAAAGACAGCAAAACCCAGAUAGAUACUAGAACAGACCUCCCUUCCAGCCUAGACCCAAGUUUGAUGAGAGUAAUAUCGAUAUGGAAAGUAACUUCAGGAAAUACUAUAUCAGAGACAGAUCGUUUUACAUGCAUGUGAUUAAAGAAGAGGAGCCUCCUGGUGAUAAAGGUUACAGAUUUAAGGUCCAUAUUUUCCAAAAAUCAGAUGACGAGCUGGAAGCUAAAGAGCAAGAGAAGAAAGUCUUCUUUACCUUGAUGGAUUUGGGAGCAGAUGAGCCUAGAAUGACAAUGCUUUAAGACAAAAUAAGAGUCUUUUGCAACGUUCUAGGAAAGGAUAAUGCCAUUUAUUUCUAUCAAAAUCUGGGAAGGUCCCUAGAAGAGCCCUUGAAAUGCUCUAUUUUCUUAGAAUUCCCAGAGGAGAUAUUUGUUAAGCACGGUGAUAUAAUGGCUUAGAAGUAUGAUGAAUAGCAAGAGGCAGACAAAAAGAGAAUUGAACAGCAAAAGCUAGAAAGGGAAAAAGAAUACUAGUAAUAUUCAAACAAGAAUAACUAUGAUAAUCGCAACUAAGAUAACCAGUAAGACUACCACCAAAAUCAAAGAAACUAUCAUAAAGAAUACAGAGGAGGAUAUAAUGAUUAGCAUCAUAGCAGAGGGGGAAAUAAUAACUCAAGUAAUUAUAAAGAUAGACAGGUGACUAACUAUCAAGCAGAUAAUCACAGAGGUGGAGGUCAAUAUAGCCGCCAUGAUAAUGAUCAUUAUCAAAACAGAGAAUUUCAUCAAAAUAGAGAUGAAUAUAGCAAUAAUCAAGGUUAUUAAGGCAAUAAUAAUCGUAAAGAAUAUAAUAAUAAUUAGCAGCAUUACAACAGAUAGGAUCAUUAAGGAAGAUAAGGAGACUAUGGAAAUAGACAUACUGGAGGCAACUACAAGUAAGCAAAUUAUCAUCAGGACAAUCAAAGAAAUGAAGAUUUCAAAGAUUCAGAUUCUUAUGGUAUAGAAUUCAAGGGUAAGCCUUAAUUCUAUAAGAGUGGAAAUCCAAAUGAGGAAGAUCACAGAAAAGUUAUUGACACAUCAAAGUAAUCAGAUAGUUCAUAAUCAAAAUAAACCUAAGGGGGUGGAGUGAGAACAGUUAUUAACAAUGAUACCUAACAAUAAAACACUCGAUAAGUGUAUCAUGUUGAUCGAGUUCAUAAGCCUUAUGAUGAUAAUUAAAAAUAUGAUAAUGAUAAACAUUAAAAUUACAACAAUAACAGAGGGGGCAAUGACAGAGAUGAAAGAAACUCAAACAGAGGAGGAUAUAAAAAUCAAAGAAAUAAUAACAACUAUGAUAGAGAUGAAUAUUACAAUUCUCAACAAGAUUCAGGAUAUAAGCAAGGGAGAGGAGGCUAUUAAGGAAAUAGAUACAGAUAGGACUACCAAGAUAAAAAAGAUACUAGUUUCUAAGGUGGCCAGGGCUUUAAUAAUUAUAGAGGACGUGGUGGCUAAGGAAGAGGUGGGUAUGAUGGACCCAGAAACGAUCUAUAACUGAAGAAAGCUGACAGUAGAUCUAACUAUGACUAUGAGAAUAGAAGUUAAAUAUCUGACAACGUGAGUCAUCACUCCUUUAAAACAGAUAACCAGAACUACAAAAAUGUGAAGCGAAGAAAUGUUGAGCUCUAUGAUGAAGAGGGCUAACAAUAUUACACUGAGAAGAAGGGUAAUUAUAACUAUAACCAACAAAAUGACUCAUAACGAUAUGGUGGUAAUCAAAGAGGCUUUGAUAAGAAUUAUCAAGGAGGCAACAGAAGAGGAGGCUAUAACAAUCAGAGGAGAUGA